AUUGAUAGGUGGCCAAAGCAGGAGCCAGUGAAGGGUCUCCAGGCUCCAUCACACUGUCAUAGCAUUGCAGUGCAAUUCUGGGCUGCAAAGCAAGUGACGGGCAGAAGUUUUGGUGAGAAAGAUUUUCGUUCUGGGUUAGAAAACGGCAUUCUUCUGUGUGAGUUGCUGAAUGCGAUAAAGCCAGGAUUGGUAAAAAAGAUCAAUAGACUACCAACCCCCAUUGCAGGUUUGGAUAAUAUCAUAUUAUUCUUAAGAGGCUGCAAAGAACUGGGACUUAAAGAAUCUCAGCUUUUUGAUCCUGGUGAUCUGCAGGACACAUCAAACAGAGCAACCAUCAAGAACAUUGACUAUAGUAGGAAGCUGAAAAAUGUAUUAGUCACCAUUUAUUGGCUAGGGAAAGCAGCAAACAGCUGCACAUCAUAUAGUGGAUCAACCCUGAACCUGAAGGAGUUUGAAGGCUUCCUGGCACAAAUGAGAAAGGAAACGGAGGAUAUUGAGAGCCCCAAGCGCAGCAUUCGUGACAGCGGCUAUAUAGACUGCUGGGACUCUGAACGCAGUGACUCCCUCUCCCCACCUCGCCACGGCAGAGAUGAUUCCUUUGACAGUCUGGACUCCUUUGGCUCCCGCUCGCAGCAGACACCGUCUCCAGAUGUAGUGCUCAGAGGGAGUAGUGAUGGGAGAGGAAGUGACUCGGAAACUGACCUGCCACACAGAAAGAUGCCAGAUGUGAAAAAAGAUGAUAUGUUGGCAAGGCGGACCUCACAUGGUGAACCUAAAUCAGCUGUGCCUUUUAACCAGUACCUCCCAAACAAGAGCAAUCAGACUUUCUAUGUACCUGCUCCUCUUCGGAAGAAGAAGGCUGAGCGAGAGGAGUACCGGAAGAGCUGGAGCACAGCGACGUCGCCGCUGGGAGACAGACCUUUCAGCAAAUCCCACCCUGAAACCAUAGAAGAAGAACUGAAUGAAACACCAGGACUGUGUGAAAAGGAGAAAGUGGGCUCCAUGGCUCCUGAAGCAAGCUCCCUUAAAAGUCAAUUAGGUGUGAAUCAAAGCGAAGAAAACUCCAUAGACCAGUCUCCUUCAUGUAGCGCAAAAGAAACAUCAGCACCCAAGGGGAAAGAUGUGGAAGAGAUCAGAAAGUUAAGAAGACUUGAACAAGCUGGUAUUAAGGUCAUGUCAGCAGCCCAGCGCUAUGGCAGUAAAAAGCCAAUAUGUGAAGACAGUGGAAGCACCCCAGACAUCAUCCUUCGCAAGGACAACCCCUUCAUGACACAUUACCAAGGAAAGGAUUCUGGUUCAGAAGAUGAAGCAGCCAGCAGAAUUCCUGAUUUAGAAAAGGAUGACUUUGCUACCCGGAGAGCCAGAAUGAAUCAACCCAAGCACACAGUUCCAUUUAACUCCUUUUUAGUUGGACCCUAUACACGUAAAGACAAAGGUAAACCAGAAGAUGUUAAAAAGCCAUUGCAGAUGGAAAAAAAGGAACAUGCAAGAAGAAGACGGGUGCACAUGACAACAGUAAGGCAAACAGUUACAAGCAAAGAGAGCCCACUUCUGCAAAAUGAGAAGACUGAGUCAGAGGAAGAACAGCAGGUGAAAGAGCUUGAUAAUGAGACAGAUGAUUUGGCAAAACGGAAAUCUCAAAGCAUCCUUCCUCAGCUACAAGAAGAUGUGCUUUUUGUCAAUGCCUCUAUAACAAAAGCAGAUCUGGAGACCUGGAAAAGAUUGAAACUGUCAGGGGAGCCCAGUGAAGAAGAUUUCAGAUGUUCCAGCAACACUCUGCCUCCAAGUGAUACCACGGUGAAAGUGGUAGCCCAUGAUGAUUUUGCUGUCCGCAAAACCAGAGCAAACAGAAAGGCUGGUAGCCCCAAGCAGAAGUUUGUGCAUUUUGGGCCAGUAACUGAGAUUGAUCAACAGAAAUGGGACAAGCUCGUUAUUGGCAGAGCUUCAUCCAAGAGUGGAACAGAAGAGGAAAGCAAGCAAGAUGGUGUGGAAAGUCUCUCUGGUGCUGAAAGCUCUCCUUCAACCACUGCUGUCAGUCUUGGGUUUGCUGAAUGCAGCAGUGAAGUAUCUGAGCCAGAAAAUGAGUCCAGUGAGGGAGGAGUCAAGUCAGGUACAGAUGACUCUUGCAGGAGAAUUCCAUCACCUGUACCAGCUUCUGAUGUCAUCUCUGAGGAACAAACCUCACGGAGUUUGAGCAAACGGCAAGAAAGUGCCAAGGAAGAAUGUGACAGGAAUUUACCAGAUAUAGAGAGAGAUGAUAUGUUGGUUAGAAGAAUGGGAACUUUUCCAAGGCGAACCACAAGCUCCAUUCCCGUAAAUUGUCCUCCCUUGUCAGUAGCUCCUUAUCUGCUGCCGCAGCAGCAGCAAGAGGAGGCUGUAGCUCGUGAAAAGGAUUUGAAGACUCUGCAGGAAGGAGAAAGUACUGUCACACAAGAAGAGAGCCAAGAACAGCUUGAAAACCCUCAGCUGCAGAGUGGUGAAACAGAAAACAAAAUGAAAUUUCCAGACCCUCAAAGAGAUGACAUGUUAGCCAGAAGAACUGGAGCUUUUCUUAAACAGCCUGGGCCCAAUGUUAAGCAGUUCCUUCCCAUGCCCUUUUCAAAGCAGCAGAAUAAGCAGGGCACAACCACAGAACUUGAGAAGAAAGCCAUGAGGCCUCAAAAAUGUCCACAAGUCUACGCUAAUAGCUCUGGAAAACCUGCAAUAGAACCACUGCAAGAACAGCAGCAAGGGCAGGAGCACAGUCUCCCACCGACAGGACAAGAUGAGAUUAUUAGUACUGCCCAAGUGGCUGAAGAUGGCAACAAUGAAGUCCACCUUGUUCAAACAUCUAAGCUUCAGGAGGUUCCUGAGGAAAACAAAAUGGAAGCACUUUCAUCCAAGGAUGAGCAUCUGCAAACAUUCGGCCCCAGAUCUGCUGUGUCUGAUGACGCAGAGAGCAUGAGUAUGUUUGACAUGAGAUGUGAAGAAGAUGCUGUGUCUCAGCCUCACAGCAAAGCUCGCCAUGAGAAGCUGCAGAAUAUACACAACCAGCUGAAAGAGGACGAGACCAGGUGGCAAGAUGACCUGGCUCGGUGGAAGAGUCGUCGAAGGAGUGCUUCACAGGAUUUGAUUAAAAAGGAAGCUGAGAGAAAGAAGAUGGAGAGGUUAUUGGCUGGAGAUGGAACAAAUGAGCGCAGGAAAAGCAUCAAAACCUACCGAGAAAUCGUGGAGGAGAAAGAGAGAAGGGAGCGGGAGCUUCAUGAGGCAUACAAGAAUGCAAAGACACAGGAGGAGGCUGAGAGCAUUCUCCAGCAGUACACUGAAAGAUUCACUAUCAGUGAAGCUGUCCUUGAGCGUUUGCAGAUGCCAAAAAUUCUAGAAAGAAGCCAUUCAGUGGAACCAAAUUCCCCACUGAAAGACCCAAAUCCUCUGAGAUAUUUAAGGCAACAGUCACUUCCUGCUCCAAAAUUCACUGCCACAAUUGAAGCAACCAUUGUUCCCACCACUGAACUAGAGCCCAGCAGUUCAACAGGACGCACAUCUCCCAGCAAAAGUAUCUCCAAGGCUGUGCCUAUGCUGACACCCAAGCCUUAUUCACAACCCAAAAAUACACAGGAAGUUUUAAAGAACUUUAAGGUAGAUGGAAAAGUCAGCAUGAAUGGAGAAAAUGUCAACGGCACGGAAGAAAAGGAUAAAGAAUGUACAACAGUAAUAUUUACUCCUUCACCAACCAGAUCUGUGAAAUUUGAUGGAGUAGCCCGAGGGGACAAGUCCCCAGUAGAGUUGAAGAAGGACCCCCCAAGUGUUGAGCUCAGUUUACAGAGUCCUGCCACUCAGAGUGUGCACAAAGAGCCAACAGCCUCCCCAGUGGAACUGAAUGCAGCUGACAGCCUGCAAGCCGAGCCCAGUCCCAGCAGUGUGACGCCUGCCCCCCCGGAGUGCCCAUCCCCAGGUGGGUGUGCUGCUGCCCUCACCCUGCCCUGCCCAGAUCAAAAGCAAUUCAAGUCAACUGCAGCUUGUUCCAGCCCUGUUGUGAAGAGAUUAGAAUUUCUUCCCAGUCCUGUCCCUUCAGAGGAAAAUGCUUCAAGCAAGAAAGAUGUGAAGAAAGCUGAAACAGAGCAGCAGAAGGAAGCAGAGCUCCCUUCUACACAAGAGGUGAUUAAAGCAAAAGCCCUGGAAGAAAAGGGGAGUGUAGUGCUGCCAUUUUUAAAGAAACUACCAGAAACCAGCCAAGUUACUCUGCAUAACUCUGGUCCACAAGAGCCGCCCCGCGGGGCCGUGGUUCCGCUUAGGGUCCGCAACCACUGGCGGCGCUCGCAGUUUUUCUCGCAGUCAGCUGAUUCUGAUGCUGGUGAUAAAUCAAAUCGGUUCAAUUUUUGGUCCUGGGAUCCAGAAGAAGAGCGAAAGCGCCAGGAAAGGUGGCAGCAUGAGCAAGAACGCUUACUUCAGGAGAAGUAUCAGAAGGAGCAGUACAAGCUGAAAGAGGAAUGGGAAAAGGCCCAGAGAGAAGUUGAAGAGGAGGAGCGUAGAUACUAUGAGGAGGAACGAAAGAUAAUUGAGGAUACUGUAGUUCCAUUCAUUGUUUCUUCAAACUCUGCUGAGCUCCUCUCCUCUUCUUCCUCUACCACUGAAGGAAACAAGACAGUGAACUCAACUGAUUCAAACAGCUGUUCAGGGGAAGGCAAGCAAAAAGAAGUUACAAAGCAGAAAAAGCUGCUCUGGGAGCAGGACAGUAUGUCACCUCUGAAAAGCAAGGAAGGUGAACUCUGGCAAGAAAAGAGGAGUGGAAAUAAAGUGCUCUCAGGAUACCCAGGGGCUGGUAUCCUGAAAGGAGGAAGUGAGCAGGAGCACCACAUGCCGGUGAUGGAGCGCAGCUCACCUGCCAGACUGAACCUGCCACUGGCUCAGGAUGACAAUGUCUCCUGGAAUCAGCAGUUGCUGACUAAGCGAUCUCCACAGUGCGCAGAGGACAUUCGGCAGAGACCGUUCCUGGGCCAGACUGUGGGACAGCAACCAAGCUCUGCAGGGGAAGCAAGGAGGGCAGGAUAUCACGAGAACUUCCGAUCUGGGCCAUCAUCUCCCUGCUCUCCUGCUGCUCUCAGUCAGUCACCCAACAGGUCUGUCAGCGGGAAGAAGCUUUGUUCUACCUGUGGUCUCCCUCUUGGAAAAGGAGCUGCCAUGAUUAUUGAAACACUUGGUCUUUAUUUCCAUAUUCAGUGCUUCAGGUGUGGCGUUUGCAAGGGCCAGCUGGGAGAUGCAGCGAGCGGCACAGAUGUCAGGAUUAGAAAUGGUCUUCUUAACUGCAACGAUUGUUAUAUCCGAUCCCGAACUGCUGGACAGCCAACUACAUUGUGACAUGACUUUCAGUCCUAAUAAAUUUCAAGAAGGAACUCUCUUCUCAUAUGUAUCGGCUGCCUCCAGACAAUCACUUGUAAAAGCUUGAAUCCAUGGACAUGAUGGCUCUCAUCUCGUUUUUAAAAACUCACAAAAAAGUUGCACCUGCUCCUUUGAAAUGCAAUAUGUUGGUUUUUGCUUCCUUAAGAAAUUUGCAAAAUAUGUAUGACCGUGUUUGGGAAGGCAAAGCCUAAGUACUAUAAAAAAAAACAAAACCACCUUUCAGGUAUGCUUAUGAUACCCAAUCUGUUAUCUUGUUCUUUUGAAAGUAAUAAGAGAAUAAACAUGCAAUAAAGCUGUUUUGUUUUAAUAUUUCUAGCAAUUAAAAAGUUUAAGUUUACAGAAACUUUAUAGAAUAUGCCAACUUGAGCUGAGAAGUAAUUUUGAGAUAGUAUCUAAUCAGUGCAUUUGAAAAACUAAACAUCACAGCACGACUUCUCUGUUAUAACUGAAGCUAUAACUUUUUUUAUACAGAGACUAGUUUGAUAAUACAUCCUGUACUUCUGAAGCAUUUUGUGUUUAUAUUACCUUCAAUGGAGGGUAGAAGUUAAACAAAUAAAUUAUUGCACCUUUAGUCAUAGGAUUUUUCGUUUGUGUACCUUAAGUAAUGUUCAUGACUAUAGCUUAAUAUCUCUGAAAUAAAGAUUUCUUCAUUAAACCUAAAGACUGCAUACCAUUAACAAUGGGAAAAUUCCCAUCUGGAGCAAUCCUUCUGAUGUGGGGCAGAGCAGCCAAGCAGGCAGACCCAGUGGAGCUGUGAGUCUCCGAGCUGCAGUUUGAUGCUGUUGUGAAGCUUUUCUCUUUGGCUUGUAACUUGCCAGUUGAUUUGAGUGGGUUGGACAUCUGCUCGUUCACUUGCAAACAUCACGCUUGGCUGAAAUGGUUUCUCAUGCAGAGAAACACUUGUGGUUUGGGUACCCCCCAGGGUAGAGAAUUAGACAUCCUUGAGCCUGUGCUCCUCCAUCCACUGUCCAAAAACAGUCAGCAAAACCCAGAAGUGUGGAAGAUGGGCAGGGAGGAGGCUGGAGCCACAGGUAGAAAAACUGCCUUGCCUGUGUUUGGGACAGUUUUCCUUUGUGCUCUUUGAUUAAGCAUGUGCUCCUUACUAAAGUCAUCCAGCAGCUCAUUGAAACAGAGGUUCAGCAGGUAUCUACAAUACACAAAGUAAGUUAGGGAAUGUAUUGCAACUGUAAAAUAUCCUAACACUUUUUGGUAAACAUUUACUGGAAAUAUCUUCAAAUGGAGGGAAAAAAUCUUUUUCUGCCUUAAAACCACUAUAAAACUAAAUGAAUAGAGAUUUCUUUUAUCUAUGUGCAUAUCUGUCAUCUUUUGAUGUGUUGGUAGAUAGAAAUGAAGUGGUUAUUAGGGAAGCAAUAAUUCUGAGUUGUUCUCUAGAUAGCAAUUAUUUAUUGAAAUGCUAGACAGUUGCUUGCAUGUGAGUUGCAUAACCAUGCAAAACUGCAUGUCAUCAGACACACAUGCGAUGUCAUUGGAGGACAUUGUGACUAUCUGCUGGAAAGUUACAUGUUACUUCCUUAAUACUGUGCCUUAGAAAAUGCAAAGUUGUUGCACACAGUCAACAAUGACUUAUGGAUGCAAUAAAUCCAAAAAGCUGAAGUUCUUCAUGGACUUCACCUGGGGAAUAUUUUUAAGUAAAAAUUAAAUAAAUCAGACAAAUGUUUUGGAACUAAAAGUGAUAUCCUAUAUUUUGAUCAACCACCUGCAUGAUAUACUGCUUAAAGGUUUUGAUAACCAGGAUGCUUACUCUCUGCUUGUGGUUGUUAUAACAUUUUCCCAUAAAGAAUGUGUAACAUGGAAAUUCAAGAAGCAGAUUUCAUAACUGAUGUGGUACAUCUGUAUAACUGCAUACGCUGCAUUAAGGAUAUGUAAAUAUAUAAUGUCUGAACCUAACUUUUAAACGAGACUGUGCAUGCUUGUGCAUCUAUUUGGUAUGAGUCUCUAGCACUGCUUCACCCACGUGAUAGAGGUAGAUGUGCAAAUCAGUCCCCAAGUGUAUUAAAAGUUGGUUGUCUCAGAGGUCAGGUCCGCUUCUCAUUCAUGUAGGGGUAAGUGCCCAAAGGGCUUAGGAGCAUGGUUGGGAUAAAGUGCAUGAAAGAGGGGGGAGGGAUAUUGCAUUGCACUGCAGACACAUUGCUGGGUCUCUGGAGCUGCUUAGAAAUUGACCCCAGUGUCUAUCAGAUAGUUUUGUAUAUGCAUGUUUUAGCAAAGUUUAUUGUACUCAAAGCGAAAUGAAGCAGCGCUCAACAGUGACCAUUUUUUCCCCUAAUGAACAUCUAUUCACCAGCACAGAAUAAUUUUCAACAGUUUUCUAAAUUGUACUUGCCAACUUCUUAUGUUUGAUUUUAUUCCUUCUGGAAUCUUACAUGGAAAAUUCAUUCAGGCUAAGACUUUUUUUUCUUUUUUUUUCCAGUUUAAACACAUUACCAUGAUACAUUUCUAAUCAGGAACUUUGAGCACAGCAAAAAAUAAUGCUUUCCUACAUUUGAACUGCAAUGUAAAUGUAUUUGUUCAAAAAAAAUGAUUUAUUAUUACUGAGCAAGUACAAUACAUGUAAUGGGUUUUAGAUAUUUUGGAAUUUAUUUAGCCUCUUACUACUUCAGAGAACCUGAAGAGGUGUCAUAACCCAUCUGUAUUUUACAAGCCCAUUUUCAUGGUGUAUUUUUUCCUUACUCUUGCUAUGUAGUGUUAUUGAUGCAGUACAUCUGUAGUUUUCAGUGAAUGUCGUAAAGGUUGGUAAACCAGAAGGGGACCAUCCUUAUCUGCAUGUCCAUUCAGGGACAAGGAUUGCUCUCCUAGCUGGGGCUAAUGUUGAAUACCAGUUAUGCUAACCUUCCCUUUAUUUUAUUUAUUCUAAAAUGCCUCUGGAAAUUAGGAAAACUUGUCUAAAACUCAACAGCUUUUAUAGUAAAUGUAUGUUUAUAAAUAAAAUGUUGAUUACC